AUGUGGUGGUUUGGCAACUUUAAGCCAGAAGGUAAAACUGCUCUUAUAGUGGGAGGAUCUCAAGGUGUUGGAGCUGAUUUAGCUCAACAAUUGUAUGUAAGGAACUGUUCUGUAAUCUUAGUUGCCAGAACUGAGACCAAGUUAAAAGCGCAAAAUGAAAAGAUAACUUCAGUGAAAGAUGUAUCGGAACUGAACACAGCCACUAGUUCAUAUAUUCCUUGUGAUGUCGCAGACUAUAACCAUUGCGUUAAGCUAUGGGAGACCAUUCAAUUAAGGGGCCAGGACCCUGACUAUAUAUUCUGCUGUGCGGGAUCAUCGGUACCUAAACUAUUCAAUGACUUGACCGCUGAGGAUUUGAAAUCAGGAGUUACAAUUAACUAUAACACUGCUUUGAAUGUCGUUCAUACUGGAUUCAAAAAUGUUCUUCAACGAUCCUCACUGGAGUUUGAACAAAAGCCAAGACAUAUAGUUCUCUUCUCUUCCGUAGUGUCAUUCUUCCCAUUCAUAGGAUACGCGCAAUACGCACCUAUGAAGGCAGCUAUCCAGUCUUUGUCAAUAAUUUUAAGACAAGAGUUGGGGCCAUAUAAUUAUAGAGUCUCUUGUAUUUUCCCAGGAAACUUCCAAAGUGAAGGUUUUGAAGAAGAGCAAAAGACCAAACCAGAAAUUACCAAGACCAUUGAAGGUCCGUCGGAGCCAAUUCCUGGCGAUGUGUGUGCUAGGUUAAUUCUCAGGAAGCUUGAUCAGGGUUUUGACACUGUUACUACAGACUUUAUUGGCUGGCUAUUGGGGAGCUCAGUACUAGGAGUCCUCCCCAGGUCUUGGGGAUUUUUCCAAGUGAUCGUGAGCUUAAUCUUUUCUAUAGUGGCCCCAGUAGCCAAUUGGUUUAUAUAUCAGGACAUUGUAAAAUACUUCAGGAAGAGGGCCGCAGAAGUGAGGAAUGGUGGGGAUAAGAAAGCCUUGGACAAGACAAAGAAAAAGACUUGA